ACGAAUUUCACAUGCUGAUUCCCAAUGGGAACUAAAUCACUGCCACGAUGGAAAGCGUGAUGACCGUUUAUGACUCACAUUUCUUAUGAAUAUUUGAGAUUAACACCCAAACCAAAAAUGCGGAAGUGAUGUAAACUCAAUUCUCCUAAGUUCCUCCCAGCAUGCAACAGUCAAGAUGGCUGCCCGAUGGGUCAUUUCAUGUCUAGCGGUAAUCAUAGGCCUAUGCAGGGGUGAGCAGCUAUACGUGCUACAUGCUCCCAGCUAUGUCCAGUUCCUGCCCUCUGCUUCCCCUCUGUGCACAGUGGAACUGCCCAAGGUCAUCAGCCUAGUCCUAGGAUUUUCCACCAACAAGGACUUGGAAUGGCAGGGUCUAGGACCAGGCAGCUUGUUCCAGCGACCGCGGGCAAACUUCCUCAUCUCAGUGGAAAACCUCCCUAACGGAGCCACCAUUGAACCUGUAGGAGGUGUAAAGGCUGCCUACCCUGUCAAACAGACCGGGAUACCAGAUCUUGAGGCUGUGCAUAGCCACAUUGCUACCAGCUUCCCUGACAGAAAAUCACUGAUGCUGGACCUCAGCAUGGAUGGCAAUGUCUUCGAGAUGAGAUCCCUGUACCCUGGGCUGUUCUCUCAGCUGCCUGCCACCCCCCAGCAGAUUGCUGUCCACUUGCAGAAGGAUGGAUCAGUCCUGAGGACUGAGCGACUAGGCAGCCUGAACACAACUAAAGAGGCUGAUUUGAUAUUUGCAGGGGAACUGCAGCUGCUUCAAGACAUCAUGGAUACACUUACAGGUAACCAGGCGUUGGUGUCUGAUGGUGUACCAGACCUGUUCAGUGUGAGUCUGACUGGAGUUGGACGUUUGGCUCAGGAGUACGGCAAAAACAGCCAGCAAGUCCAGGAUGCCAUAACUGUCCUCAACAACUUCCUACCAAAGUUUUCCAAGUCGGUGGCUGAGCUGUACUCAGGUGAUGUUGUUGUGGAAGUUCUGACUCUGUCCACCCCUACAAGUGGCAUGCAGCGGCCACGCCGCUCACUGCUGCAACAGGCACAGGAUCUGCCGGGUAAUCUUGCACCCCAUGUGAAACCUGACUACCCUGUCAUCUUCAACAUGAGCCUGUGGUUGGGGGUCCUGCUCCUGCUAGCCGUGUACUCUGUAGCCUACAACCUCCUGUACAUGGAGCCUGGCCGAGACUCCAUCAUCUACCGCAUGACGUCAGGACGCAUGAAAACCGAGGAUGACUACACCCGAUUUGGGCAGGGUGCACACAGGCCAGUACAGAAAUGGGACUGAUCAUACAUCAACCAUUUGAGUUUGUAUUUACCCAUCCUUUUUGUUACUACAUACAUUUGAUCUUUAAGUUAGUUUUUUAGUUCUAAUAAGGUAUGUCACAGUUCUGAGUGUGCAUAUGCAUCCAUGAUGCACUUUGGUCUAAGGUAAAAUUGAAGUGCCCAUACUUGUAUACAAUUCUCUGUCUGACAUGUUUGCAACAUUUUCACAUGGAGGAUUGUCUACAUUGUACUUCUGAUGGGCCUUAACCUAUGACCUUACCCACAAUCCCCUAUGAUACUGGAACUGUGAUAUGGCUUAUUGUAGACAUCAGGGUUAAAUGUAUAUAUUAUGUUCAUUGGUUCAAAUUGGUUUUGUAAAUAUGUCAAAAAUUAUUGUACUUAUUAAGUAGUAAAUUUCUUCCUUUUUUCUGUUUCCUCUCUUCCCUACCUUGAAACGUUAACUUCUUCUUUUGUCUUUCCUUUUUUAAAGUCACAUGUAGUCUUGGCCUAUGUGUGAACCAAGAAACUAAACCAUGAAUCUUUUCAGAACAGACAACUUAAGAAAGACAUCAUUCUUACAGGCUGUCAAGAUUUUCAUUCUUAGAAAAACAUAUAGUAUAUAAAAAAUGUCGAAGUUUACCAGAUGGAUGCAAAUAGUUGACGAAGCAUAACUAACUACCAUUCAUGUUGUUAAAUUUUUCCCUUAACCACCAGAGUUCUGUAUUACAUCUCACAUAAACACACCUCAUGCCAUUUUCCUGUAUUGUUGACCCUCUUGUUUCUACUCCACUGUUCUUCUGCACCAUUCCUCUCUUACCUGUAACUCAAUUCUGUUUAAGGAUAAUUUGAAGUACAAUGUAACAUGUUAGAUGUAUGUUGAGUCAAGAACAUUGAUUGUGUCUAUCAAAGUUAACAAUCAGAAAAUUGGUGAAACAAUAAUUCCUGGUCACUUACUGUGUCCCAUAUGUAGCUUUCACAUCGGAAAUAUAGCAGUGAACAUUGAAAAUAGUUUGAUGUAAUCCAUUUUGACUUUCCGUUACAGGGCUCAAAAUACCACCCAUAUACAGUAUUAGUAAAAUUGGAGAUGUGCAGUCUACCUACACCUAACCUGCACUGCUCCAUGUACUGGGUACAUGUAUAUAUUACACAUGUGGGCAUUUGCUGUACUGAAUGUAAACGCUUAUAAAAUGCUGUAUGAAGAAAGGAUAUUGUUUGUAAGCAGUAUCCAGUGUGACCCACAGUUCUAAACUUGUGGUGCAGGUAGCAUUGCCUGGUGCAGGUAAUUUUCAAUGUUACCUGCACCAGCAAGGGUAUGCAGAAAAGAGACAUGUAUUUUGGGCCCUGCUUUGUGAAAAAUUUGUAAUGUAACCAUUGUGGCAUUGGUCAUAGAUGUAAACAUCAUUCCUUCUAAAAGACUAUGUUGUAUAUAGAACAAAAUUGUGACACAACGUUCCGUGUUAAGAUUAACAACCAAAAUAGUUUAAGUCCUAAUCUUAAAAAACAACAGAUGAAAACCGUACAUUGUAAUGAGUAAAAUAACAGAUGUUAAUUGUUAGACAGAAGGAAUUAAAAGGCUAAACUCGAUCUAUUCAAUAUGGAUGAAGCAACUGCCAAUUCUGUAAUUUAUAGAGAUAGUGAACACCGAGUAUAUCACUAAGAAAACAAACAAAGCACAAACUGUUGGAAUAGGGGCUUUGGUGUAGGUCGUAUUUGCAUGUAUUUUGUGGUUUAAACAUGAUGUCGACCUUAGAAUUAGUCAUUAGGGGAGAAGGUAUACUUAGAAAAUCUUCUUUGGAUCAGUGAGUGUAGUAUUUAAGGUUUAUAGUGGUACCAUCUGCAAGAUCUGUCAUUAAGCAAUACUGUAUACUGACUAAACAUUGAGAAAAUAGUGCUGUGUACAUUGUAACCAACUAUAGUAAAGUGUGUACCAUGGAAAGGCUAUUACAUUUGUUUUCUGUUUAAUGAUGUAUUUUGAAGAUGGUACCUACUAUAGAACCACGAGAACUCGAGAUGUACACAUUAUAAAUAAUAUCCAAAGAUAGUCAAAAGAACAUCAAAUAAUUAUUGAAGAACUUGAAGAAAGGUUAAUGAUUGAUGUUUAUUAAGAAGUUUAUAGCUCUGAGCCAUGUGCUGCUCUAGAUGUUUGUGAUUGGAUAGUCAAGGUACAUGUAAUAGUAGAACAGUGGUAUGUGAUAUUUGUGCAAUAAAUGGUAUGAUUAAUGA